AUGCUUGAACAAGACGAAGAAAUAAAAGUGAGAAGGAGAAACAGACCAAGCUUGGUCUGUAAUGCUUGCAGACAACGGAAGAUCAAGUGUGAUAAAGGACGUCCAUGUUCAGGAUGUGUCAAAAAUAAAAUCGAACGUCUAUGCAAGUAUGAUUACAAUUGGCCUAUAAAAAAGAAACAGAAAACAAGUUCCCCAACAGGAUUUUCAGACAGUGCUAGAUACCCGGUAGCUGUACUUCCGACUAAUGGAACAGCUGGUGAAAAUGACAGAGCUAGCGGAAAAGCAAGUCCCAAACAUGUAGACCCCAGUGAAAGCUCGAUUUUGCUUAUAGAAAAGUCAAAACUUGACGAGUUAAACGCAAAAUUGCAAAAAUACGAAGCAUCAUCAAACGAAGCCAAGGCACCCACGGCAGUUACUGAAACUAUGGUGCUUUCUGAUGAUGGAAUCACCCAAAAUACAGUAAUAAAUCAACACAUAGAAGCAUGUCCGAUGACAGGGACAGUAUUGCAUAAUCCUGAUUUACCGGGUGAGGUGAACAAUUGUUGUUUCUGUACGCUUUUCAUUCAAAAUGAAAAUUAUACAGAAGAGACAAUAAGAAACGAAUUAGCGAAUAGUGAUAAGCUGUAUCAACCUAGAAGCGUCUACAUAGGUGUGAAUCCUUACCAAGAUGAAGACGAAACAAUUAACCUAUUUGAUGAUUCGGGCUUUGUAGAUAUACGGGAACCGUCUAGUAACUCUAAUGGAAUUUUCAACUGGUCGUCGGUAUGGAAAAAAGACGAAGCUUUAGUCGUAUUGAAAAAAUACAGUCAAUAUGAAAAAUUUGAGAGUGGUAAAGGGGGGACCCUCGUAAUAUCUAAAAGCAAAAGUAAAAGUAUUGUUCCAACUAUUGACUCAUCCUUGCCCAUGAAUGCAAAUGUACAUAAUAGGCAUAAUGUACAGAAUUCCGUAACAGAACGUUCUGCUAAUCCUAAUAAUGAGAUAAUGACAGAUGAACUUAGCUCAGAAAGUUCUCAACAUUUUGCAAGGAAGGAUUUCGAAACAAAUAAUUUUAUGCCCUAUAAGAAUUCAGUCAUAAAAGGCCCGUAUGUUGGUCCACGUAGGCGAUCAUUAAAUAAUAGUUCUUUACCUUUGGGCCUUUCGUUAUUUGAUAAUCAAGUGGAUAGAGAGCUCAAAUUGGUAGAGCAAAUUAAACACACCAUACCGAAGAAAAAGGUCAUUUGGUUAUUAAUAAAACGAUUUUUCCGUAUUCUUUAUCCAUUUUUUCCGUUUUUGGAUGAAAUUGAUUUCAGACGAGAGAUCAGUAGAAUAAUUGGGCCUGAAUCGUGUGAGGAUGAGAAGUUGAAAGAAAUUUAUGUCGAGAAACGAAUAGAUUUGGCUAAUUUAGGCACGCUCUUAAUUAUCUUGAGAUUGACAUAUUUAUCAUUGUUUUCCAAUCGAUGCUCCGUUAACAAUGCGAAAUUAACAACAAAAGAUACAUCGCCAGCUGCCCAAGAAGCAAAGUAUUUAUUAUCAAAUCCUGUACAUAUAAACGCAAUUCAUACGGGCCAAGUAUGCUUGCAUCAAUUUCAAUUUUCAAGAAAGUAUAGUUUACCUGUGUUGCAAUGUGCUCUUUUCGUAAGACUUUAUCAUAAAUAUGCUCCCGAAGAUGGUGAUGGUGUUGACGGAGGGGACUCUCAAAUUUCUAUUUGUGUCCUAAUUCAAAUGGCAUAUUCAAUGGGCUUGAACAGAGAACCAGAUAAUUUCAAAGAACGUUUCAAUAACGAAAGACUUAAAAAUGUGGGCAGGAAAAUAUGGCAUAAUCUAUUAAUCAAUGAUUUUAUGAAUGCAUAUACUUACGGUAGUCCUUUGACUUCGGCUGGUAUGUUCUAUGAUACAAAAGUUCCGUUUUAUAAGGAAGGGAACGAGAAUGUUUUGAAUCGCAAUUUGGAGCAAGCUAUUGCAAAAUGCCAUGGGUUUGCCGGAGGCUUAAUUUAUGGCCCAAUGAAGGAUAUUUUGAGACUAACUUCAAGUUUAAGAAAAGAUAUUAAAAUGUCUGAAUUGACAGAAUAUUUAAAUAGGCUUGAGAUUUGCCCUAAUAAGCUAUUUGGUGAACCUAGUGACUAUACGAACGUUUUGGAAUCUGAAGGCGAUACUUACUCGUUUGUAAAAAUGACCAAAUUAGGUGUGCUUCUUUCCUUAAAGGGAUUUUAUUUAUCAGUUUAUUCAUAUUUGAUAUCGCAUUAUGAUGCCAAAAAAAAUCAUAGCUUAUCUUUUUACUACAGGAAGAAAAUAUCGUCGUGCAUAUCUGACUUAACACCCAGCUUAUUCUUGCAUGUAUGCAAAGGUCAAGAGAUAUUUGGAGAAGGGGCUGAUUUGCUUAUUAACCCCCAUUUAGAAAGAAUUAUUCAUAUUAUAAAUGAAAUAAAUCUUUCCAUGUUGAUUAGAGCCAAUUUCACGUUGCACCGUAUGAUCAGGGACGCAGACCAUCGUAUGAAGCUAAAUUCGGACGUCAAUUAUAAAAUUAGGUUUCAGAAGUUGAGUAGAUAUAUCGUAUUACUUGAAAACUGUGCAAGAGUUUGCAUCUUGGGCACUUCAAUAAUGAGUCAAAGAUAUUAUUAUGCUUGGGGUCUUAAUAGAAGCCAUAGCUUUUUGCUAAGGAUUAUUAAAAAUGAAGAGUUUUAUCUUCAAAAUAUGAACUGUGACCUUGGUGUUGAAAAUAUAGCCACUCAUCAACUACAGGAACUAAUAGAUAUAACUGAGAGUAGUUUUGCGACAUUAAACUCAAUUAUUGGUGCUCAUUGUGAAGAUUAUCAAGUUCAGAGGUUGUUCGAUUUGAAGAAUCAACCUCAAAUGCCUAGUAUAUUGAUCAAUACUUCAGCAGCAAGCUCACCCACUUCCUCUGCUGGUAUAAUCGAACAUCUGAAUGAUACCACGCAGGUGCCCGAGUCCUUUGCAGAACCUUCUGCAAUGAUGAUGGCCACGAGUGACUUUGAUAGUUUCAAUUUUGGUACGAGUGCCGAAAUCGACUCAUUAUGGUUGCAAAUGCUCUCCAUGAAGAACCAAAAGAGAAAUUUUAUGCCCAACCAGGAUACUUCUCUGAAUUACACCGGAUUGUCGAAUGCUGACAAAAGAGCGACAGCGUUAUUUGGUAGUCUGGCGCGUGGACAGGUUGCAACCCAAUCGCAGGAACAAGUACAUUCACAGAAUCAAUACCCAAGUCCAUAUCAGGGCCAAUACCAAAACUCUGGCCAAGAUUUCCCAGAUCAACAUCAAAAUCAACAACAGAAUCAAUCCCCAAGCAACAACUUUCAUUUCCAAGGACAAAAUAUUCAGGCCGAUAAUGUUUUUAACCUACCCUUUGACUUUGACGAUACCAACGACCUUGAUAUGUUCAGUGACUUACCAUUAGACCAACUUUUCAGCGGAAAUAUAGUAUAG